GUUGUACCCGAGAUUGACAUGCCUGGACACACAGGAUCGUGGGCAGAAGCUUACCCUGACAUUGUGACUUGUCCAAACAUGUUCUGGUUGUCUAAUGGAGGCAACAUACCACUUGCAGCUGAACCAGGAACCGGUCAACUUAAUCCCUUGAACCCAAAAACCUAUCAAGUUGUCAAGAAUGUCAUCCGUGACACUAUUGCCAUGUUUCCUGACACAUUCUAUCACGCGGGAGCGGAUGAGAUAAACCCAAAUUGUUGGAACAUCGAUCCAUCCAUCCAAAAGUUUGUCUCUGACAAUGGGACACUAAGUCAACUACUUGAAACCUUCAUUAAAUCCACUUUGCCUUACAUUGUCUCCUUAAACCGAACCGUUGUCUACUGGGAAGAUGUUCUACUGAGUGCUGACAUCAAAGUGACACCCUCUUCUCUUCCCAGAGAGAAUGUCAUCUUGCAGACAUGGAACAACGGGCCUAAUAACACUAAAAGAAUUGUCAAUGCUGGAUAUCGUGUCAUCGUGUCAUCAUCUGACUUUUUUUACUUGGAUUGUGGGCAUGGGGGUUUUCUUGGAAACGAUAACCGGUAUGAUCAGCCACCUGGAACUGACCAGGGUAACGGUGGAUCGUGGUGUAGUCCCUUCAAAACAUGGCAGCUUAUUUACAACUAUGACAUAACGUAUGGAUUGAGCGACAAGGAGGCUAAAUUAGUGUUGGGAGGAGAAGUGGCAUUAUGGUCUGAACAAGCAGAUGCAACAGUUUUGGAUUCUCGUGUUUGGCCUAGAGCUUCAGCAAUGGCUGAAUCUUUGUGGUCCGGGAAUACGGUUGAAAUGGGGAAGACAAUGAAGAAGAGGUCUGGAGAGGUUACCAAUAGGUUGAAUGAAUGGAGGUACAGGAUGGUUUCCCGGGGUAUAGGCGCUGAACCGAUCCAACCACUCUGGUGUGUCAAAAACCCUGGAAUGUGUGACGCAGUUUACCCAUUUUCUGCUUAAACAAUAAGGUCAUGUGAUCUUUUGCUCAUCACGGCUGCUCUCUAGUAAAUUCUGCUUCUCUCUAUCUGUACUAGUAACUCACCCGUGCGAUGCACGGUGUAGGGAUGCACGAUUUGAGCUAUUUUCUUCAAUAGUUAGUAAUAAUUUUUAUCUUAAAGCGUUAUGAAGUGAGAAAAUUGUAAAAUAUGGAGUAAAAUGAGAUAAUUCCUAGCGUAAAAUAAAUCAUGUGUGG